CUCGGCUCCAGGCUGCGCGGCGGACGCAGCGCCGAGCGAUCGCCGCCGAGCCGCGCGAGGCCGCCCGAGCGGAUCCCCAGCCCCGGCCGAGCGCGCCCGCUCCGCCCCCGCCGCGGUCCCCGGUCACGUCUUCGCUGCCGGGCACGAGUUGCGCGCACCUCUGCACCGGGAAAGUUUCCCCCGCGGCCGCCUGUGGAGUUGGCGGGGUCCGGACGCCGAGAGUUAAUCUGGAAGCCACCAGCAGAAGACCCCAAGGGAACUUGGUCACUUGUGGGCCGGAAGGGAAACACAGACUGGCUGAGGUGGGCACCCCCUGGGCCACCUCAUGCCUGCAAGGGCCACUGGUUCUGGCCCCAUCGUCCCUGCCGUGCGAGCCUCUUGAACGUGAUUUCUAGAAACACGACCAUACCCUUGGGUGGACUUCCCAACUCCGCUGCCCAGGACCCAGACACAAGCCCUUCUGAUCAGGAAACCCCGUCCUGCUGACGCCCGAGUGGCUGCCCAGGUGGAGCACCAUGGAGGGCGACUGUCUGAGCUGCAUGAAGUACCUGAUGUUCGUCUUCAACUUCUUCAUAUUCCAGCUGGGAGGGACCUGCCUGCUGGGCGUCGGCAUCUGGGUCAUGGUGGACCCCACCGGCUUCCGGGAGAUCAUAGCUGCCAACCCCCUGCUCGUCACGGGCGUCUACAUCCUCCUGGCCAUGGGAGGCCUGCUUUUCCUGCUCGGCUUCCUGGGCUGCUGCGGGGCUGUCCGGGAGAACAAGUGUCUGCUGUUGUUUUUUUUCCUGUUCAUCUUGGUCAUCUUCCUGGCGGAGCUCUCAGCAGCCAUCCUGGCCUUCAUCUUCAGGGAAAACCUCACCCGUGAGUUCUUCACCAAGGAGCUCACCAAGCACUACCAGGGCAGUAACGAGACAGAUGUCUUCUCCGCCACCUGGAACUCUGUCAUGAUCACAUUUGGCUGCUGCGGGGUCAACGGGCCUGAAGACUUCAAGCUGGCAUCAGUGUUUCGCCUGCUGACCCUGGACAGUGAGGUGGUGCCCGAGGCCUGCUGCCGGAGGGAGCCGCAGGCCCGGGACGGUGUGGUGCUCAACCGCGAGGACUGCCUUCUGGGCCAGAGCCUGUUCAUAAACAAGCAGGGCUGCUACACGGUGAUCCUCAACGCCUUCGAAACGUACGUCUACCUGGCAGGAGCGCUGGCCAUAGGGGUGCUGGCCAUCGAGCUUUUUGUCAUGAUCUUCGCCAUGUGCCUCUUCCGGGGCAUCCAGUAGGUGGCGGGGUCUGAUGAUGCCCCGCCCACCACUGACCAGUGCCCACGGCAUCCUCUCCUCCCCCACCUCACCUCCCAGCCAGGGGGAGGAGAGGAGGCUCAGCAGGUGGCCAGGCUCCUGGCCGGGGGUGCAGAGCUGUGUUUUGUUGUUUUGGUUUUUUUUUUUUUAAACGAAAUGAAGACAGACACAUGAACAUGGCCUCACUGGGACUCCAGCGCAGGGGCCAUGGAUUCAUGACAGGACUCCAGCACUGACCCACCAGGCUCUCUGCCCCCCCCGGAAACUAAAUGAACACCAUGCCAAGGCCCUGCUGCCAAGGAAGCAAGGAUUUGGGCCACAGCUGCCAAAACCCAAGGAAACUUGUCGGCCGGCCGAAUCUUUGAGGGCUCAGGACCCACUGCUGUGCCUGGUCUCCUGGAAGAUGAGGCAUAUGCCCCCACUUCCGGCCGGGCCGAGGGGGCUGUGUGCAGACCCUGGAUCCAUAGUGGCUCUGCUGGCCAAGUCAUGCUUUCUCGUCUGCUGGACCAAACGCAGUCCAGAGAGUGGCAGGGGGCUGUCCGAAGACACACAGCAUGGGCCCAACAGCUGUGAACAGAGCCAGGGCUGGCUCCAGGCUACUGUACUGCCACCCAGGACUCCAGCAGAGCUGCCACACACCCCUUUGGCUUCAGCGUCCUGGGUCCCCAGAAGAGAGGCCAGCUAGCCAGAAACCAGCUCCUCCCAGCUCUCCAGCCAAGGGAAGUCUGUACUGUGUCCCCAGUGCCCACCUCCACCUCCUGUCUCCAGCUCCUCACACACACAUCACAUCCCCUGCACACUCUGUCCCACGGGCCACCCACCCUAUCUCUCUCCAACUCCCUCAGUGGAAGAAGCCCCUGGGAUCAUCCAGUUAUCCUCCACCUUCUCACAUACCUCCUGAGACGGAGAGCUCACUACCUCCCGAGGCAACCUCCUGCCUCUGGACUGCUCUGACCUCGUCAUCACCAGACAGAAGAGGCUUUUGUUUGUGGUUGUGCCCACACCCCUCCAUUUGGUCCCUCCCUCUGGGAGCUGUAGUGCCUGGAGUUCAGGCUGGAGUGUUCAGGAUGACAAACUCCAGCCUCCUUAUCUGUGGGCCGAAGAACCACAGGGCUUCUCAACCAUUUUGGCUGUGACACAGUUUCCCACCCUUUUGCUAUCCACUGGACAUUUCAGUACUGCCUCCGGGCUCAGGCAGAAAUUUUUCCAUAGGCUCACAGGUUCCUGUCCCCACAACACACCCAAGGAUGAACAUCAUACGUUAGACCAGUGUUGCAAGAUGCCUCCACUCCAACAAUAUGGUGGCUGCCAGAAGUUAUGCUAAUGCUGAGCUUUCAUCUGUGCCUAGUUGGGAAGGGCAAUGGAAUUCCUACUGGUGAAGUCUAAUGGGCGCCUUGAGUUUGAUAUAUGAUGUCUGAUAGGCACCUUGAAUAUGAUUAGUAAUGUCUGGCAGCUACCUUGAGUUUGACUAGUGAUGUCUGCCUCGGGCAUAGGCAUGGGAGGAACAGAUCUGAACCCGCUGUGCUCUUCCCUGUCCCUCUUCAGAUCCUAGAGGACUCCUUCUAUGUCUCCCUCUUGUCCAGCCUUCUGUCAUUCUUUCCAGCCACCUGGAGGAGAGCUGCAGUCCACAGCCCAGUGCUCCCUGCCUCUAUAAUUUGUCUUGUCAGAUGUAGCCAGUUCUGUGUCCAUUACCUAGAUUUGGCCUUCCCACCUCAUCCCUGAGCACCAUCUUCUCGAGUUGUCCUUUUAACAGCCCACCCAGGCAACCACCAUUGAAGAUGCCAUGUGGACACUGAAACCCAGGAUCCAGGGCACCUGGCUGUGGUCUCCAGCCCUCUCUGGACACACUUGAGCCCCAGCUUCCAGGAAAGGCAGAUGGCUAGGCAGGACUGAGCCCAGCUGUACUCGGGCACCCGAGAGAAUCUGGGAGAAUGGGGGGUAGGGACCCCUCUGGCCAAGGUGAACUUCUCAUUCUUAAGGGCUCUCCAGAAAGGUCACAGGGAGGCCAGUGACCCCAACCCGGCCUCAGAGCUGGUCCCUCAUGGCCAGGAGGCAGGUGUGUCUGCUAUGGAGAGCCAGGCCUCCAGAAGCAAAGGGUGCAUCAUAUAGGGCGGCAGCAGGAGACUUGCACCCUCCAGGGGCCCCGACCAGUUGAGGCCCCUGGCACUCGUCCUGCCUUCCCAUGGGUCGGUCACACAUUGAAAGUCUAUUUUGAAAUCUGUAAAUGUCCCCUGCAGUAGACAGCAGAGUUAAUUUAUCAUGGUUUUCUCCCGCGAGCCCCCCUUUUUAUAUUCUAUAUCAAGAGCAGUUUUGUAAUAUAAAACAGGACACCCACACA